AAAAAAAAAAAAAAAAAAAAAAGCGGCCACGCGUGCACGAACAAAUCAAUCCGCCGCCACGACCAUAUACACACGCGAAUACGUGAAAAGAAAACAACAACAACAACAACGUAUUUACUUCCACUAGCGCUACGUUUCGAGAACGUUCCCCGUAGCUGCAGCUCGCGCGCCGAGCGGAAAAGAUGACGUCAAGCGCUCGAGCGACACCUCGCCCUGUUCCCUAAAACGCGUUUUAAAAAAACGGAUCUGGAACACACGCCGAUACCGCAAUUUAAAACAAAUACACACCUGCAGAUUUAGUACGAGACGUUCAAAAUGGAGGAAAAGCUAUUAGUAUGAGGCAGGUCCUACCCCAGCUGAGCACGCGCAAACCUUUUUAAGCUCUGCAGGGAGCUCGCGCGAUCACGUGUCCGGGCUCGUGCCAAUGAGCGCGAGGUUCGCGUGUUUUUGCUCGGUUUUUCUUAGCGACGACCAGCGAUGUUUUCAAACCGAGUCGUAAUCUGGAGACGGACGUCACACGGUCGUAGGUUCGAGCGUCGUAUUCAACAAAACGUUUUCUCGUGAAGAGAUAAAACCCGGUUUUCUGUUCCCUCGCGCCGUAUUGAAGUGGAGCUCGAGCGGCAGAAGUGUUUACGCCGGGGGUUCGAGUGACACACGAGCUGAAUCAGGAGCUGCUCUUUAGCUCUAGCAGAACUAGCUGUAGACGCGCUUUUGUCUGCGGCUGUGCGGGUGGCGCAGUCUGCAACACUAAACACUUCACUGGUUCGUCUCUGCUGAACAUGAGAGACUGUAACUAUGGACCAGACCCCCGGUGCAGCGUGUCGCCUCUCACGUAUUCAGGCCCAGGAUGAACCGAGUGAGCCGUAGCUGCCACAGCUAGUCAGAAGCUGCACCAUGGCCAAGCCGGGGACCGACAGAGAUGGAGCCAUGGUGGAAAAGACAACCGGGAAGAAGAGUAAAGAGAAAAUCUCCCCAUUUACCAAAACUCCGAAGUUGGACCGGAGUGAGAUUAUGGGGAAGGAGGGGAAGCCCAAGUCUUCCAUGAAACGCAAGCUCUCCUUCAGCGUCAGUCCGCCCCGUAACGGGGAACGGGACUCAGACACAGAUGACUCUGACCCCGGCCAGUCAAGCGAUAUGUGGGGAGAGAGAUUACUUCCUCCCUGCAGGAUAUACGCAGAUAAAGAUGGUCCUGAUAAAAAGAGGGUAAAGAAGGAGUCCGGGGGUAAAAAGUCCACCCCUGUGAACAUUUUGUUUGGUUACCCGCUGUCGGAACGCAAGCAGAUGGCCCUGCUGAUGCAGAUGACCGCAAGAGAUAACAGUCCAGACACCACACCAAGCCACCCCUCCCAAGCGCCAGCAGUGCAGAAAAAGACCCCGAAUAGCUCGACUUCGCGUCAGAAAGACAAGGUGAACAAGAGGAACGAGCGCGGAGAAACACCGCUUCACAUGGCUGCCAUCAGAGGAGACGUCAAACAAGUCAAGGAGCUGAUUGGACUAGGGGCGGAUGUCAACAUGAAAGAUUUUGCCGGAUGGACGCCGCUGCAUGAAGCCUGCAAUCUUGGUUACUAUGAUGUAGCGAAGGUUCUUAUCGGUGCAGGAGCUGAGGUGAACACACAGGGAUUGGAUGAUGAUACCCCUCUUCACGAUGCCUCCAGCAGUGGACACAAGGAUAUUGUGAAGUUACUCCUGCAGCACGGAGGAAAUGCGUUCCAGGCAAACAAGAGAGGCGAGCGGCCGGUGGAUGUCGCUGAUUCUCAGGAGGUUGAGCAGCUACUGAAGGGGGAGAUUCCAUUGUCUGACCCAGAUGACAGCUCUUCAGACUCAGAGGACCCUCCAUCAGUAAACCCCUCCAGUGUAGAUGAGAAUAUGGAGUACUCAGACACCGAGAAGGACUCUGACGGCAAAUCGACCACAGCAAAGGCCACGUCUUCGGUGUCUGGUGUGGAUGAGUACGAGUUCAAGGAUGAGGAAGAGGAGGAAGAUCUGAGCAAGGCCCUAAAUGACAGGCACAUCUUGAGACGAGAAGUGCGUCAGAAAGAGAAGGAGGAAAAGGAGGAAAACCAUUACACACCCAAACAGUCCAACAAGAGCGAUCAGGCCGCGUCGUCGUGCAAAGUAAAAAAGGCCAAAUCAUCCCGAGUACUGUACUGCAGUUCAGAUAGUUCAGACGACGAAAUAGAAGCUUCAUCAGAACGAAAGUGUUCACCGACCAGGUCACUCUGCAACGAUACUCACAAAACAGAGAGCCGGACAAAAAGAGAAAGCUUAACUAUAACAUCUACAGAAAAAGGCAAGGCAAACAAGAAGAACAAAAGCAAAAACAAGGAAAAUCAAGAGGUUCAAGAGGACGGAAAAGAAAACAGCAAGUCCCUUCUGUUUUCUGCAGCCACUGUGUCUGACAAUUCUGAUAAAAGUGUUCGGGAGGAAGACUCUUUCAAAAUGUCCUUCAGCCCAAAGGACGAUUCGUCGGUGCACCUCUUUCAUUUGUCGGCUGUGAAAUCACCAAAGCUCGGUUACGGCCAAACUGACAAACAAAUGACUCCAUUAAAGCAGGAAAAUGCUAAGACUUUUGUCUCCAUUGGAGAUGGAUCCUGCCCUAUGGAUUGUGUCAAGUACAAUCACUACACCGAUUCGGACUAUACAGAAGGUUCCAGCAGUAAGAGCUGUAAGCACAAGGACAAGAGCAAACAUCACUAUAAGGAAAACAGCGUGGACGGAGACGACCGAAGCUCAAGUCCUUUCAAAGAUGCCAGUUUAAGCAAUAGUAUGGAUAGCUCUGAAGGAGUCUUUAGGAAGGCUGAAAAGGAUGGUAAGGUCGUCAAGAAGCAUAAGCUAAAACACAAGGAGAAGGACAAGUACAGGAAGGACUACGAGUCGGAGAGGAAUCGGCAUCGCCAGAAAGAACUACGAAAAGACGGACAUAGGAACUUGGAGUUUGACCGAGAAUUUUGGAAAGAGAAUUUCUUCAAAAGUGAUGAGAGUGAAGAACUUAAAGGGAAAAGUGAGACACCGGGCAGUUGUUCUCCUCCCCAGAAGUCCAUCGACUCCUCACCAGUUAAAGAAGAAAAGGCAACAUUAAAAGACAAACAUUCGGUUUGCAACAGCAACAAGGAGAGAAAACAAAAAGACGAGCGAGAGAAAGACAGGCCUGUAAAAAAAGAAAAGAAAGAGAUGGCAUAUAAAGAUGAAAGAGGAGGAAAGGAGGGGAAAGGGGCUGAAAAUGAUGACCGGUCAGAAUGCCUUAACUUGUUGCGAAAGCCUGAAGACUCCAUUCCAAGUCUUUUUAUAAAAGAGGAGGUAGAAGACAAGCCUCUUACUGGAAAUCUGCUCGAUCACAAUCAGCUGGAGACCACAGAGAAGGGCUCUCAAGAGAAAAACGAGAAACGGCUACCCACAAAAGACAGAGAAUCUGAAAAAUGUGAGAAGAAACAGGCAGAAAAAGAAAAGAGAGCCAAAUUGGAACAUUUGUCGGAUAAAUCCGACCUUCACAACUCUACAGAUCGAUGGAAAGAAAGGGACAGGUUAACAAGCACGUCUAAUUUGUCUGGCGAGAGGAGUCACAAAGAAAACGAAAAACUUAAACCUGUUCCUGUUACUAAAAAGUAUGAAGAAAACAAAAAGAGUAAGGACAAGCUCGAGAGGAGAAGCGAGAAAGAGCGGCAGGAGAAAGAGCAUUCGUCAAGCGGCGAUCACCGGGACAAGGACAGGACGAGUUCUGAAAAGAAAGGAAAAGCUCCUGAGAAGAACAGUGAUCAUAGCAAAAAUGAUCGAAUUAAAGAAAAGGAAAGAGAAAAAGACAAAGACUCCGACAAGAAGAAAAAAGAGAAAUCGAAAGAAGCCCCUCUCUCGUCCUCAAGUUCAAAUCUCAAAUCUCUUUUGGAAGAGAAAAAGGGUUACAGCUCUGAGAGCAAUAAAGCAGUGACGUUAAAGAUAAAGGAAGAGGUUAUGAAAACCCCUGAGAAAGACCGGGACAGACGGGAGCGGGAUAGAGAUUUGGAAAGGCACCGGGACCGAGAGCGGCACAAGGACAAAGACAAAGAGAGGACACAGCAGAAUAGGGAUGGCAAACCCUGUAAAACAAGGCCUGUUGAGUCUGAAUCAGAUAGGUCCAAAUCCAAAGCAUCAACCACACAAAAGGAAACCCGUCCCAAAGAGAAAAGACUGGAUAACGAUGACCUCAUGCGGACCAGCUUUGAACGAAUGCUGAGCUUGAAAGAUCAGGAGAUUGAGCAGUGGCACAAGAAGCACUUGGAAAAGAUCAAGCAAAAAGAAAGGGAACGGCUGAAGCAGCGGCCAGGAGCUGACUCCGCGAAGCAGAAAAACAAAGAUAAGGCAAAAAUUCCUACUUCUACUGAACCUCAUGCAAACAAAGAGCUCUUGCGCUCCAAGAGCUCCGAAAUCCCAGAGACGUCCAGUCGUGAGAAGAUGUCGAAGGAUGCAGCCGGUGGAAGGACACUUUCACUAGAUGCAAAGAAUCUCUCGUGUUUUGGGAAGUCGGGUCCUGUAAUAGAAAACAGCCUUAGUCGAUCUCCGAGACCUGACAGUGAACGUUCCGGUAUCAUUUCAAGAUCAGUGUCUAUGAUCUCAGUAGCCAGUUCGGAGGAUUCUUGCCAGGCUAGCAUGUCAACUCCCAGGCCCGCAGAGUACGACUCGGAUCUCAAUUUGGACGCAUCUGACUCCCAGCCGCCUUUCCUUCAGUCUUCCCUCAUAGUUCAGUCCUCCAGGUCACCGAUUCUCAACGAUAAAGAAACCAGCAGUCUUCCUGACAUGGCGUCUGGCAUUCGAACACCAUUGCAAAGUAAACUCGCAUCUCCUUUCUUAAGAGCUGUCCUGGAUGAGGAUGCUAAAGCCGUACUAUGUGAACCAGACAGACCAACAGAAGAAUCUCAGAAAGUUGGUGACGUAGCACACUCCGGCGAGGAGCCUGGUAAAAUACACCAGACUGAACCCAGUGGAGCUGUCACACAGGAAAGUCUUACUAUUCACAGCUCAGUGUCCGUGCAUCUCCCUGGCACUAUACCCGAAACUGAACAAGCUGUUGGGGUUGAGGAUGCGAGUAGCAGUUCAAGCAGCCAGUCUGCAUGUGUAUCUAACUCCAGAGAGGCUUCAGUAAAAGAUAACGCAAGUCAACAAACUAGCCUUUCACAAGCCAGCGGUUUGCUGCCAAAUGCAGCAGAGGUCAGCAAGCUAGACGCCGAUACUUUAUCAGAGCAAAGUGGACAAAAUCAACUCGACAGUCCGGACGCAGAAACGACCGAAGGCUCAAACAAAACGUCCUCGUUAACAUGUGUGGCUCAGGUGGCACAGGCUGCAUCCUCACAGCCAGAGCAAAGCUCCACUAAAGCACCUACGCAUUCACUUAACCUCACAUGGGAUUCUCUCUCUGAUCAGAAUAAUGACCAGCUACCAAGGAUAGACCUGGAGCUGAGACUAGAGAAAAGAACAAGAAGUUUGUCAAUGGGUCCUGAGAUCAUAAUGGAGGCCAGGUGCAUGGAGAAUGUCUCUGCUGGAAAUGCAAUGGAUUGGACAGCUAGCCAAGCUCCACCUGUUGGCUCUUGUCGGAGCAGCUCUGAGGAGUCCACUAAAGCACCGCCAUGUACAGUCAGUGUGCUCAGAGAUUCUCAGCAAGUCGCAGAAAGGAUUUCACCAGAUGACCGCAGGUCGAGUCACUCCAGCGAGAAUGUAGGUGCAGCCGACGCACAGUUGGAGAUGAAGGAUUUUAGUUUGCCUGUCCCUUCAAUUUCAAAUGUCCUUCACUGUUCUAGUCCUGAACAGAUAUCUGAAGAGCCGAUGGAAGUAUCAGGGGAAGAACCAGACCAUAGCCAGGUCAUUGCUGAGACGCAAGUAGAGAAGGUGGUGGCUGCAGAGGAUGCAGCUCAGACCCAGCCUCUGCAAGACAGUAAAGCAGAUGUUGAUGCAGAGAUGCGAGACCAACUUGAUGGUGAAGAGAAAUCUGCAAAACCAGGUACUCCAUCAGAUGGAGAGCAGAAUCUUGGCUGCACGGGGGUUCAACUCGAUUCUCAAUCAGAACUCACCAGUGGAGCAACAUCUGGAAGUUCUUCUCCACUGUCAGUGGUAGAUCGGGACAGUGAUCCAACCGGAGCCAGGACAAAGGCGAAAACUCUGGAUGAUGAAGUUGACAUCCAGGCCACACAUCCAAGAAAACGGAAGAUGCACCGAGCUUCUCCUUCAACGCAAGCCAGCCUUUCAGCUCAGCAGAUUAAGGAGAAGGCCCAACAGUCUUUGGCUGCAAUCGUGGACUCCCUUAAGCUCGAGGAAAUUCAGCCCUACCAGACAGAAAGGGCAAAUCCUUAUUACGAGUUCCUGCAUAUCCGCAAAAAGAUCGAGGAGAAGAGGAAGGUGCUAUUUAGUGUCAUUCCUCAAGCACCACAAUACUAUGAUGAGUAUGUUACAUUUAACGGGUCCUACCUGCUUGAUGGGAAUCCUCUGAGUAAGCUCUGUAUUCCGACGAUUGCACCACCACCCUCACUACCUGAACCGCUAAAAGAGAUGUUCAAACAGCAAGAGGUCGUGCGCAUGAAACUGCGCUUGCAGCACAGCAUUGAACGGGAGAAGUUGAUUGUGUCCAAUGAGCAAGAAGUCCUACGUGUCCAUUAUCGUGCUGCAAGAACGUUAGCCAAUCAAACACUACCCUUCAGUGCUUGCACAGUCCUGUUGGAUGCAGAAGUAUACAACAUGCCCCAGGAUGUACAGGGAGAUGAUGGGAAAACCUCGGUGAGAGAUCGGUUUAAUGCAAGACAGUUCAUGUCUUGGCUUCAGGAUGUGGAUGACAAAUUCGACAAGUUAAAGACGUGUCUCCUGAUGAGGCAGCAGCACGAGGCAGCAGCUCUUAAUGCCGUUCAGCGAUUAGAGUGGCAGCUGAAGCUACAGGAGCUGGACCCUGCCACCUACAAAUCAACCAGCAUCUUCGAAAUCCCAGAGUUUCACAUCCCCCUUGUCGAGGUCAACGAUGACUUUGACCUCACCCCAAUAUAACAGCAGUGAGCCGGUGCCUAGAUCCAAAUGAACUGACAAGGCUCAUCUCUCCAGGGCUCGAGAGUAGUAGAGAAACACAAAAGCACUUGUUUUGGGCAAGCUGGUGUGUGUGUGUGUGUGUCUGAGGGGGAGAGGGGGUGGGCAGUCUUGCACCAUAUAACCAGACACUCCAAAAAAUAUUAAUAACAGUGAUGCAUAACUGAAUAACAGUCCUCUAUCUCUGCAGAUUAAAAAAGUCUGCAGGAUUUUUUUUGUCAUUUCUGAAUAGGAGCGUCUGCCAAAAGACUUGGACGCACCUGCUACGUUUCUAUAUCGGGUCCAAAGGCUCAGCAUUGCGUCCCUGAAGGUCCAAUUACCUUUCCCUGUAUUGGCUCUUGUUUGAAUACACUUACCUGCUCCAGAUGCACUUCUGUCAUUCGAAUGCAGCCCAAAACAUAGAAUCUUAAAGCUGCUGGCUUUAGGUCCAAACUGAAAUGCACUUAAAACGUAAAAGUCCUUGUUACAGAACAGUAGAACCACAGGCAGGGAGGCAGAGGUGCACAGAGGCGAUCCAGCCAGCAGAGGGCGACGCCUACCCUCAGUGAUCAGAGCGAGCAUCAGGAGAGGGGCAAAGUUAGAAGCGUACACUUUACCUCUCCUCUGUUAGAACAGUCUUGUUCCAAUUUGUUUCAAAAGUGAGUGUUCAUGAUGUAUAUAUUGUGCUCUUCAUUCUUUUUUAACUUAUUUUAUACAUACUGAUUGUGCAUUUGUAAAUAGCCAUGUAAUUAUUUUUAACUUGUAAAAAGAGAAAAUAACAGAAAGGAAGUUAAUAGAUAUUUUGAUUGUAAACUUUUUGUCAAAUGUUUAAUGGACCAAAGUUGGUUUUAUAUUGCGCGUCCUCUCUGUCGUUGAUGUUGGCUUAACUCUUUAAGCAUGUGUUUUUGAAUUAUGUUUGUUUUGUUUGUUAGGGUUUUUUUCUUCUUCUUCUUCUUCUUCUUCUUCUUCUUCUUCUUCUUCUACUACACGUUUCCUCCUAGAUUCAUCACAGCAGGUGUUUUUGACUUGUGAUUUCUAUGCCGUGCAUGCGUUGCAGGUUUGUACUUCUUUUUCUGGAAGCUGUGCUGUGGUGAGGUUUAUGUAAGUGGUCCUGCUUUCUCCCGCCUUUGUCGUCUAUUAGUAACACUCACUUCCUCCGUGUUGCCCGUCGUGUCUUGCGCACACUAACAGAAAAAAGAAAAAAAAAAAGGAUCGAUGUGUCUUCUUGUUAGAAAAAGGAAACUUACUUUUACAGUUUUAAUGUGAGAUCACAACAAAACAAAACCUAUUUUUUACGACACGCCUUUUGAACGAUGGUUCUAAAAAUGUCUAUUUUAAUAUUUACUUGUUACAGGAUAAUGUACAUAAUUGUAAUAUAUACCUGAAUAAAUUUUAUUGGUUGUGAA